AUACAAAUGAUGUCAUUUUAAUAUGUGAUAUUACAGGUCGGCCCCUUCAACUGUUGCCAUAAUUGAGGGUGCAUGGGUAUUAUAAUGCGGUUGCCUGCCUCCCCACAGUGCACCAUAGGGUGCCGGGUCCUCGGUCCUCAUCAGAGGAGCAAGGGUAAUCGGAGAACUCGUGAGUCUCCCCAAGGUGCUUUACGUUGAUUGCUGGAACCUUCCGACUUUGUCGUGCUCUAUCUGGCUGCGCACCAUUUAUUUAUAUUCCAACAUGACAAAAAUCUUUUUAUACACAAUCAUAUCGGCAUGCAUACAGCUUACCAGUCCUCUGAUGAGGCUACAAUCAGGUUUACAAAGUAAUAAAAGGUCGUCCAGUACUCGAUUACUGCUAGAUCAUACCCUUGUUCACAAUCAUGGAUGUGUCGCAAAGCAAGCACUACGGCAGAGACAUCUGGCUUGCCUGGAAGGACCUCUGCCUCGCAGUGUCCCUAACAGGUUCAACGAUACGUGUCUCUGUGCUGAUACUGGCGUCCCUCUGUCUCCUGCAAGUGUAUCGCCAAAGCCAACGAACGACACGCAUCCGAGGACCUCAGAGCCCAAGUUGGGUGUUUGGCUUGUCCAAGACAGUGGUAAAUUCCACCGCCACAGCUGUACUGUUCGAACGUUGGGCCAUAGAGUACGGUCCAGUGUAUAAAAUCCCUGUCUUUUUUGGACAGUCCAGGGUCAUACUAUGGGACCCAAAAGCAAUCUCUCAUUUCUUUGCAAGAGACACGUGGUUGUAUAACCAAACUCCGUUCAACAACACCGCCGUUCAAAUAAUGAUUGGACGUGGAAUUCUGUGGGCCGAUGGCGAAAGUCACAAAAGGCAGCGCAAGGCUCUCAACCCUGCCUUCAGCGCAGCUGCCAUCCGCAGCCUGACUUCUGUUUUCCUAGAUGCUGCUCACAAGGCAACGAUCGCUUGGGACGCUGAGAUAGGAGCGAACCAAGGAACUCAUUCCGCUGUAAUUGAUGCUCAACAAUGGAUGAAUCACAUCUCACUUGACAGUGCUGGCAUAGCCAUCCUGAACCAUGACUUCGGCGCACUCGAUGGACAUGACUCCGAUGUCGUGCACAUCGUGAAUGAAUCUGUUUUACCUGCUAAUGUUUCCCACGACGUUAUUAUGCUCGCACAGAGUUUUCCUUCCAUCCUGAAGCUACCAUGGCGUCGCACACGGUUCUCACAGAAACAGAGCCUGAUCUUUGGUAAAAUAUGCCACGAGAUGUUAUUGCGGACGCGCAAGGAGAAAGAGACUGGGGGCGCGGAGCACGGGGACAAAUCAUGUUUGGGUUUGCUUCUGAAAGCUGAGGAUUCUGGUGAGAGCGCAGGAAUGACUCACGAAGAAGUACUAGCUCAGGCAAGGGCUCUGCUCCUCGCCGGCUUUGAGACCACUUCAGCCAGCAUGACAUGGGCUUUGAUAGAACUUGCGAGGAAUCCAGACGUGCAGACCCAGCUUCGCAACGAGUGUCUAGGCUUCGGGCCAUCCCCCUCAUACGACGAGCUCACGAAUAAGCUUCCCUACCUAGACGCUGUAGCGAAUGAAGUUCUUCGCGUCCACCCGUCAGUCAAAGAAACCAUACGAUCGGCUACGGAAGAAGACGUAAUCCCGCUCAGUGAACCCAUGCGUACGGCGGCCGGUACAUAUACCGACAGCGUAUGCAUCCCAAAGGGGACAGUGGUCGUUGUCCCACUCGCUGCACUCAAUUGCUCAGUUAGCAUGUGGGGGCCUGACGCAAAGGAGUUCAAACCUUCCCGGUGGUUCGAAGAGAACGAGGACACACGUGGGGCUAGAGAGACACUGCAUGGCUAUCGUCAUUUAAUGUCAUUUGGCGAUGGCCCUCGGAUGUGCUUGGGGCGCGUAUUUGCAUUGACAGAGUUCAAGGCCGUGCUGUUCGUGCUUGUGCGAAACUUCGUGUUUGAGAUGGCGGAUGGCCCUGGGGUGCAGAUUGUGGAGAGUUUUGGGCCUUUGCCAAGACCGAGUGUGGUCGGGAGUGCUGAGGCUGGAGGUGUGCCCCUCCGGGUACGCCGCUAUGAGGUUUGA